AAACAUGCUUUAAGGUGCAGUAGCCCUUCGCUGGAUUUCGACCUACUUGAGCAUUGUAGUUUUUUUUUUGCCCCCCCCCCCCAGGUAAGACUAAUGCCCACUCACACCUGGCAUCCUUGGUAACACCACUGAUCACUACGGAAAACAAUAAUGCCGUUCUUAAAACCACUGGACGCGCCUCGUUAAAUGUCCGCGCAAUUUCAAUGUCAGGAGAACCGGGAAAUUGCUUUCAGAUGCAGGGCCUGCCUGUUUAAAUCCUGGUGUUUAAACGGUGUUUAAUUGCAUAUGAAAGGGGCUAAAUAGGCGUUAAUAAAAUAAAGCUUGGGCAUCCUUAAGGAUGCCAAUGUAUCUGGACAUUGAUUAUAAAUAAAUUCAUUAAGAAACAGGUGUACCAUGGGAACUUUAAAUGAGAUCAUCAUGCUUUGAUCACUAUAUUCCAAUGAUGAAUUAAUACAAUAUUGACAGCAACUUUGGGUAAUUACAGCAGAGAUUGAUUUACAAUUUCUGAUUAUGUCAUUGUUAUCAAAUUUGCAAGUUGGCCGGAAAUGAUCUCUCCUCCAUUCCCUAACGCUAAAAUGCAUGGAAUUCAUUAACCCUAACGUAGGGCAAAGGUAUUGAAUAGGUCCUGGCAGGCAGCACUGUGACAGCUGAUGGUCACUGAUUCGCUGGGUUUAUUUACACCCCACCACCACCCCUUUAGUGAAGCCCGCCAAGUCGAAGGGAAAACAUGGCUGGUUUAAUGGCAGGUUUUGGUUGUUACACCCAUGCUGUCGUCCGGGGAAUCCCUGCGUCUCUGGCCAAGGAAGCGCUCCGGACCAGCCAGUCUGAGGUGGAUUCAACCAAGGCGCAAAGAGAGCAUGACGCUUACGUGCACGUCCUGAGGACCGUACUCGGGCUCGAGGUGGUGGAAUUGCCCGCGGAUGAGACGCUCCCGGAUUGCGUGUUCGUGGAGGAUGCCGCUGUGGUGUGCGGGGACACGGCGCUCAUCACCAGACCGGGUGCAGAGAGCAGACGGAGAGAGACAGAAGCUAUGAAAGGUGCCUUGAAGGAGCUGAAUCUGAACAUUGUAGAAAUGACUGAUGAGAAUGCCACAUUGGAUGGAGGAGAUGUCCUUUUCACAGGUCAAGAGUUCUUUGUUGGCCUUUCCAAACGAACCAAUCAAAGAGGAGCUGAGAUCCUCGCUGAUGCUUUUAAGGAUUAUGCUGUAUCUACUGUGCCUGUUUUGGAAGGGCUCCACCUGAAGAGCUUCUGCAGCAUGGGGGGACCGGGCCUCAUUGUCAUCGGCUCCAGUGAACCUGCUCAGAAAGCCCUCAAAAUCAUGCAACAAAUGAGUGAUCAUCGUUAUGACAAACUGACGGUGCCUGAUGACCUUGCUGCCAACUGUAUCUACAUGAACCUGCCCAACAAAGGACAGGUGCUUCUGCAUGGUACAAGAGAAGAGUUUCCGGAGAGUGUGAAGGUGUUUGACAAAUUGAAGGACCACAUGCUGAUCCCUGUGUCCAACAGUGAGAAAGUCAAAGUGGACGGGGCCCUUACAUGUUGCUCGGUGCUCAUCAACAAGAAGGCCAUCAACUGAAAGAAACCAUGUAGAACCCGGGACUUGAUGUAAUAGGCAUGGAUCCUGUAGUAGCAGAUUUAGGAUUUGUUUGAGGGUCAAACCAUAGUAUUGCGGGAAGAUAUAGAACAUUUUCUUGCUUAGAGAGUUUGCAGUAAUUGGUCUUCGAAUGUACUAAUGCUAUGAUUUGAUGACUCAUCUUACUUGCCUUGUACCACCAUAGGGAUCAACAAUUAAAUACAGCAACGUCGUCGGCCCAAACAGCCCCUACAUUCAUUAUUAUGAGCCCCUGCAACAGUUUUUCAGUUUGAACAUUUAAACUGUGCUUAAAUACACUGACAGAAAACUACUGAAAUAUACAUUUACAUUGCAAAUUUACACAUAAAGACAUUUUACAAAAAUGUGCCAUUUUGUGCUCUUGAGAUAAAAACCUACCAAAGGAAGUUGUCCUGAGAAAAACUAUUUCAAAGUGUAGUUGAAAUUAUACGGUAAUAAAAUAAAAUUUAAUACAAAACACUCAUACAGUAUAUUGAUUUUAAAAAAUAAAGAUCUUUGCACACUAAAAAUAUUAAAUAUAGUCUAAAUUACUUGUCCCUUGAUGGCAUUUUUCCCAUUACAGCACACUUUGUAAGAGCAUACAACCACAUUAUACACUUAAAAAAGAUAUUUAUAAAAACCCUCACAUGUUAUUUAACAUGUUAUUCAUUUAUUUUAUUGCUCAACUUUAAAAAAAAAAAAAAAAAAAAAAAAAAAAAAAAACGGGAGUAAAAUUUUAAUUUCAUUUCUGUCCCUAUGUUCUACGUCAAAUUUGUUACUUGAAUAAACAUGUCCCACAGGGGCAAUUAGCAUUCCGGGAGUAACAUCAUUUUCCGGAAGUGUCUUCAUCAGCCUCAGUUCGGAAUGCUAUCAAAAAGAAAAGUGCUUCCCUUUUUUGGGGGAAAUUUCUUUGACCUUGCUUCAUUUGACUUAAGGGCUCAAUCAUAACUGUCAUUUAUGUGACUGCAGUAUCAUGUAUUACUUUAAUUUCUUCAAAUAAAAAGUUCAAAUAAAAAGGCAUUUUAGCCUCAUCGAAAUGCACACCAUGUGCUCGCAUUGUGUGAACCACAUGGCAAGUAACUUCUGCCAACAGUUGUUUUCUUGUGUUACAUAAACCUUGUUUACUAUGAACCCUGCUCCAGUUUUGUAAUGUUUUUAUUUUUUACCAAAAGAUAAAACACAAAGUGACCUGAACUCAACACAUAGUGACCUGAAAUUGCCCCUACAUCAAGUGUAAUUGACCGCAGAUAGCUCCAAAAUCAACAGGAAGUUAUCCAAAAUCCUUGGAAGUGAUCCAGAAUUGCCCCAAAAUCAACAGGAAUUGACCUGAUAUCAGCACGAGGGGACUGGAUUGCCACAACAUCAACAAUUAACCCAAAAUGCUUCAAAAUUUAUAGGAAGUGUCCCUAAAUCUAAAAGAAGUACCCUAGAAUAACCCGCAAAUCAACAGGAAGUGACUUGAAAUCAGAACUAAUGGGAAUGCCCCAAAAUAUAAAAGUCAUUUAAUGGUCUACCUAAACCAAAUAAGCCAUUAUACAGAAUAAAAGCAAAACUUUAAAAACAAAAGCAAAAUGGCACAUUUCUGUAUGUCUCAGUAAUGAAAAAAGAAUAGCAUGAAUAAAAUAAUUUCACAUUAUUUGUGGUAUCAAGUUUACAUAAAUGAUUUUUUCGAAUGUAUUAAUGUUGUGAGUCUCAAACCUUUUAAACCAAUUAUCACCUCAAAAAAUACUUACUUGUAGAGAUCAACAUUAAAAUACAGUAAGAUCGUAGGCCCAAGUGUUUAUUAAAGAGGAAGUUGAGAAUUUUUGACAUAAGGCUUAAUCUUCCAGUUAGCAGGGGUUUAAUUAGUCGGUGGAGUUGAUUUCAACAAAUCCCGUGCAGUUUGUUAUUCAUUUGAUCCGGAGUGGAUAAACCAGCACGAAUCAAUGGUGCCUUCUUAGCAUACCAAUAAAAAAUAACAUACGCAUGCAUGAGAAUCACUGAUGACCCAUGCAAUCAAAAGUGUUGGCUAUGUUUUCAGUCUAAAGUUAUUAAAACUUACCAGUGCAUGUCAAUGAUUGUAGUGUGAACAUGAAUAUUUGUAAUCCAGCAGCUCUACAGGGAACAGGCUGUCUAAGCAAGCAGGGCGGAGUGAUAUCAAAUAGUUUUUUUCACCGCUGAUUUUUUUGUGCACGAAAGGGACUCCCCAGCGGACUGAGCACAUGUGGCUGAAGCACUCCUCUCUAUUGUGGUCGCAUUACGCAUCUAAAAAAAAUUGUCCUGCAGAAUGAAAUGAAUUACGGCACUUUGGUGUGAAAUUGUUUUGGCCGCGUGGGUAUUUCGAACAACGAUCUGCAUUUUGAAUCUAUUUGACAAUGUUAGAUCUGUUAAUAUCGUUUUUUUCUUUAUAUUGGCAUGCUAAGCAGGCACCAUUGACUCGUGCUAGUUUAGCCACUCCGGAGCCCUGAAACUAACAAAUAACUGACAAACUGUACGGAAUUUGUUCAAAUAUACUCCACCGACUGAUUAAACCCCCACUAACUUGAAGAUUAAACGUAUAUGUCAAAAAAUCAGAACUUCCCCUUUAAAACCUGCAUUCAUCAUUGUCACCCCUUGUAAGAAUUUUCGAUUUGAAUAGAGUAGUAAAACUGCUUAAAUAUAUUCAACAACAACAACAAAAACUGUUAAAAUAUAGAGUUAAUUGAAUUUUAUUGAACAUAGCUUAAAAAUGGGUUAAAAUUGCACUAUAAAUUCCUAAAUGUAAAAAAAGUAAAUUCUAUUUGUAAUUCUCGUACCACCAGGGCAAACUACGGGUUGUAAUCCUAUCACACUUUGAGAAUCACUUUGAUUAAAGAAGUGCAGAAUUACUGUAAAUUCAUCUCAUGUUAUUUGUGAUGUGUGUGAAAUAGAGAGUUUACAUGAACUAUUCUUAUAUACAUAUGUAUUAAUGCUGUGAUUCUCAAACUUUUUGCACCAACUACAACAUAAAAAAAUACUUGCGUCAUAAAGUACUACCUUGAAGAUCCACACUGAAAUUCAGGAACAUACUUGGCCCAAGUGUUUAUUAAAACCAAAUUUCAUUAUUCUAAGCCCUUGUUUUCUCUAUUUUAAUAGUAAAACUGUGCCAAAAAAAACUGAAAGGAAGCUAUUAAAUAAAUAUUUAACUAAAAUGUAUUGCUCAGAAAAUGUUCAAUUAUGAGAAAUUAAAUUUAAAAAUGUUUCAAAUUUUAGAAUUCAUUUCUUUAUAGGAAAGACAACGUUUAGUACAUAUGAACCUCAUGUGAAAAAUGAUUGCUUAAAGAAUUUUAAAAAAUGCAAAACAUGAAACUCUUGGAAGUAUGCCAAGAGAGAAAAUAAUGCUUAAACACAGAAAUCGACAGCUCUUAGGUGCUGCCAUUUGGCGACAUGUGACGUCAGUUAUACCCACUCUCCUUUGUAGCGGUAACUUCCAGCUAGGAUGUGUCUGAAUGCCAGAGAAGGCUGCGUGCUAGUCAGUUUCGGGAUGCACUUAAUCAAAAUCUUGUCUUUCCUUUAAAUUUACAUAACACCAGAGAGAGCCUGCAAACCACUGGUUGCUAUUCCUACCAUACUUACCAUCACUAUAAAGUACAUAGUAAUGAUCUAAAAAGUGUUGAACUAAAUUAGCUCCAUAUUAUUUUUGGUCAGUUGCUGAAGUACAGCCUCAACUAAGACCUUAACACUCUUUUAGAUUAUUGUUGUUUUUAAAAUGUAUGUUUUAAUCCAGUUAAUAAUGAUAAAUAUAAGUUCAUUCUAACAAAUCAGAGAAAGGCCAUCUUUUAUGUUUUAGUUUGUAUGUGUUAAAACAUGUAUUUGACAUACUGUAUGUGAAAGUCCAUCACUGUUUAGACUAUGUGGCUUCUCAGCGCGUAUGUGAGUGAGAGCUGAGGAAAUGACAUCAGAAGGUGAUGCUUGCGUAUGGGCAGGCAGGCAGUGAUGAAGCAUGGAAAGAAUUUGGUUUGUUCUGUUCAGAGGAAAGGCUUGCAACGCCAGUAAACACUAACUCUGAAACUUGCUCCAUCUUCCUCUCUCACCCACCCUUUUGCUGUUGAGUCAUAGACAAGUUUGUGUCAACCUCAUUGUUUUUCUAGCAUGCAAUCAGGAGAACUGUUAAAAGUGUGACAAUUGUAAGGAAUUGUGCAACUGCUGACAAGAUGCUAGAUGAGGGAAUCAUUCCUGCCAAAAGUAAUUUGGAAAUUGUGGCUUUUCUUUUUUGGGUUUUGGGUUUGCUUUUUUUCUUGGGGUGAGGGAGGUUUUAACUUUGAUAUAUCCUCAGCAUAAUACCCUUUCCCUGCUGAUAAAAAUGAAAGGUUUUUAAUCCUGAUAUUUUUCCACUAUGGUCUUCAACCCCACCCCCACACAGUUGUUGCCAUUUUAAAUGUUUUAUUCAACUUUGUGCGUGUCUGUUAGCUGUGCUGCACUAAUCAGCUAUGGACUGUGGUGAUUAUCUAUGUUCCAACUCAGGUGUUUGGGGUUUUGAUGAAGGUUGUGAUCGGUAUCUAUUUUGGUAAUUCAUAAGAUUAUUCCAUCUAAUUUACAUAAUAAAGUUACACCUAACAUUCAACUGAGUUGGCUUUUCUUUUCUAUUAAAUUGUUACUACUGUAGUAUAAAUGAGAUUAA